CUGCUAUGUUGUAUAAGUUUUCGCACACUACAACAAAAGAACAGAUAAACACUGUAGAAGGCACAAUUCUAUUUAAAGAUAAGAUGUUCAUUACUGGAAGAUAGUCUCGUUGACGCUGUUACCACGAUCGUAUCGCAAUACCGUGUAGAGCUGUGCACACUUAGUUAAUAUUUGAAGUGGGCUACCAGCAUGGCGUACAAUCAAGACGAGCUUGUGGCUCCGGGUUGGUUGAACGACGAGUUCUUCCGUGAUGUGAUGCGCGAAUCAAAUAACGAUCCAACGAUCGAGUUAAUAAAGUCAUGUGUUUUACGUCCGGGCACCAAUAAAGGGGAUCAUUACGCUAGUGUCAUGUUCCGCACGACCGUCACCUAUCGAUCCCAGCGUUCAAGUGAAGAGAAGUCGGUCAACAUCAUCAUGAAAACGAAGCCAGAAGCUGACGGAUUGAAGAAGGAGCUUUUGGAUGACGAUAGAUUGUUUGCGAUAGAAAUGGAAAUGUACAGCAAGGUUCUUCCGGAGAUGACAAGAAUGUUAAAAGAGAUAGGAGAAGAGUACAAAUAUCCUCGAUACAUUUACGGUGCGUUGAAGCCCCGCACGAUCCUGAUUUUGGAAGAUAUUAGUGACCAGGGAUGGGUGAUGGGCGAUUUCAUCAGCACGUUGGACGAUAUGAAGCCAAUAGUAAAGGAUAUUGCUAUGUUUCACGCUGCGUCCGUGAUGUUGGAAAGCGCUGAUUCUACAUUUGUGGCCAGGCAUAAUUACUCAAUCGCAGAGAAAUUUAUGGGCUUCAAAGGCAUGAUCACGAAGGGCUUUGGGGAUCUGAUGCACCUCACACAGACGUGUUCAGAGUUUGCACAUUUUGCAAGGCCGUUAGGUCGUUUCCAGGAAAACUUGCAUAAAUUCUUCACUUCAUUAUAUAUCCCUUCGAAAACAAUCCAAAACGUGUUGAUACAUGGAGAUUUUCAUGGUAAAAAUAUGCUCCAUCAAGUCGAUGCUGAAGGACGACACACCGAUACGAUACUGCUUGAUUAUCAGAUCUGUUGCUGGACCAGUCCGGCGGUUGAUUUGUACUAUCUACUGGAUAUGAUACCGACUCAAGAGGUGAAGGACAAACAUCGGUCUGAGUUGAUAUAUAUGUAUUAUCAAAACUACAGUGAUUUACUGAAGCGGCUAGGAUAUAUGGGUAAAAUACCGUCCUUGCUGGAUUUGCAGAUAGAGCUUCUACGAUAUGCUGGACUAGAGAUAUUCCACUACGCAAUGUUCAGUUCGUUUCGGUACAUGGAUCAAACAGCGAUCGAUAUAGAGGCAUACUUGAAGGGAGAGCUUGAAAAUCCUGCUUUCAACAAUCCAGAGUUCAAGAAGCUUAUUCAUAACGAGCUAACGCGCUUCCUACAUCAAGGAACAUUAUCUAUGAUGUACAAUCAAGAUGAGCUUGAGGCUCCGGGUUGGUUGAACGACGAGUUCUUGCGUGAUGUGAUGUGCGAAUCAAAUAACGAUCCAACGAUCGAGUUAAUAAAGCCAUGUGUUUUACGUCCCGGUACCAAUAAAGGGGACCAUUACGCUAGUGUCAUGUUUCGCACGACCGUCACCUAUCGAUCCCAGCGUUCAAGUGAAGAUGAGUCGGUCAACAUCAUCAUGAAAACCAAGUCAGAAGCAGACGGGUUGAAGAAGGAGCUUUUGGAUGACGAUAGAUUGUUUGCGAUCGAAAUUGAAAUGUACAGCAAGGUUCUUCCGAAGAUGACAAGAAUGUUAAAAAAGAUAGGAGAAGAGUACAAAUAUCCUCGAUACAUCUACGGUGCUUUGAAGCCCCACACCAUCCUGAUUUUGGAAGAUAUUAGUGACCAGGGAUGGGUGAUGGGUGAUUUAAUCAACAAUUUGGACGAUAUGAAGCCAAUAGUAAAGGAUAUUGCUAUGUUUCACGCUGCGUCCGUGAUGUUGGAAAGCGCUGACUCAACAUUUGCUGAAAGACACGCAUAUUCGAUGAGUGAUAAGUUUAUAGGCUUCGAGGGCAUGAUCACGAAGGGCUUUGGGGAUCUCAUGCAUCUCACAAAGAGGUAUCCGGAGUUUGCACACUUUGCAAAGCCAUUGCAAAAGUUCCAGGAUAAUUUACGGGAGCUCUACGUAUCAUCAUACAUCCAGUCAAAAACAAUCCAAAACGUGUUGAUACAUGGAGAUUUUCAUGGUAAAAAUAUGCUCCAUCAAGUCGAUGCUGAAGGACGACACACCGAUACGAUACUGCUUGAUUAUCAGAUCUGUUGCUGGACCACACCGGCGGUUGAUUUGUACUAUCUACUGGAUAUGAUACCGACUCAAGAGGUGAAGGACAAACAUCGAUCUGAGUCGAUAUAUAUGUAUUAUCAACAGUACAGUGAUUUACUGAAGCGGCUAGGAUAUCUUGGGAAAAUACCGUCCUUGCUGGAUUUGCAGAUAGAGCUGCUCCGACAUUCUGGACUAGAGUUGUUUCACUACGCCAUUUUUAGUCCGAUUCACUACAUGGAUCAAAAUGAUAUUGAUGUAGAGGCAUGGGUGAAAGGAAAUUUCGAUAAUCCCGUCCUCAAUAAUCCAGAGUUCAAGAAGCUAAUGUACACCGAGCUAACGCGCUUCCUACAUCAAGGAACAUUACAAUUCAGCUAAUUCGCAACAGAUUUAAUGGCUUGUUGGACUGUUGCUUUAUGAAUGUGUUCAGGCAUAGGCACGGAAGCCUUGUCAACUGGAUUUUGUUUAACAAAACACGAAGGUCGUUCGUUAAGUUUGAAAAAUAUCUUAACAUGAAUUUGCUUUAAACACUUUAUUGAAAAUAAAUGAGGCCCCGAUAUUUUUUUUUUUAUU